UAUUUCAUUUUCAGGUGGUAAAGCAAAUCAGAGGAGACAAAAGGGCAAAGUGUUAUCUUUGCAACUCAGAAGAACUUCCUGCAAAGACAGCUUGUUAAAUCAAUUCAGGAUUACUAUGACUUUUAAAAACUGAUAUCUAACAGACUGCCAAACUAUGCAGCAACAGACUAGCACAGACCAGACUAAAUCAAUAUGGAUAAUAAUGUUGAACAGAUGAACAUGGAUAAUUCUUUAAUGGCUCAAUUAAAAGGUAUUAAAGCUUUCUUGAAAGGAAACAGUCACAGUUCAGAACCAAGUUCCACUGAUAACCUUGGAGCAGUGUCUGAUGAACAUGGUGAAAGAUUUCACCAGGAUAUUAGUGCUAUGGAGAAAUGGUACCAAGGCUUCUGGAAUGACAGUAUACUAGCUGACUACUGCUGGACACAUUACUGCGAUCAGUCAGAUAAGGAACACUGCAGGAAAUCCAAAUCACUCCGUCAAUGUGUGUCGGCCAGCACGAGGAAAACCUUCAUCUGCAACACGUGUGCAGUGUUCAGGUUAAGCCUGGAGUGCGUGCUCACCACCAAGGGCAGCCACAGUGAUUAA